AGGGUUAAGUUCCUUAGUGUUAGUGCAGUACGUGUUAAUGAGAACACCCGAAGUGAGGUUCUACGUUGUGUGAACGAAUAUUUUCGACAUAUUCUGUGUAAUAUUUUGUAUCCUUGAUCAAGAUUCAACGACCACUUCAGAUGAAACAUCUACCGAUAUAACAUCCGCUGAUACGACACAGGCAUCAGUUACCACGAACCCUGGUUCCUCGACCCAGAGUAACGAUGGUGCCAGUGGCAAUCCGAUGGAAAGCAUCAUGACGUCUGGAAUGGAGACUGAAGGUAGCACGACAACGCAAAGUAACCCAUAUAGCAGUAGUUCAACCUCUUCGUUAACUACUUCCGUUCAAUCCACAGUUACAACAGAUUCUUCGAUGGAAAGUACCACGACAAUGCCAAAUAACCCAGACAAUACUUCGCCCACCGCUGGUCCAACUUCUUCGCCCACCUCUAGUCCAACGUCUUCGCCCACCGCUGGUCAAACUUCUUCGCCCACCUCAAGUCCAACGUCUUCGCCCACCGCUGGUCCAACUUCUUCGCCCACCGCUGGUCCAACUUCUUCGCCCAACGCUGGUCCAACUUCUUCGCCCACCGCUGGUCCAACUUCUUCGCCCACCGCAGGUCCAACUUCUUCGCCCACCGCUGGUCCAACGUCUUCGCCCACCCCUGGUCCAACUUCUUCGCCCACCGCUGGUCCAACUUCUUCGCCCACCGCUGGUCCAACUUCUUCGCCCACCGCUGGUCCAACUUCUUCGCCCACCGCUGGUCCAACUUCUUCGCCCACCGCUAGUCCAACGUCUUCGCCCACCGCUGGUCCAACUUCUUCGCCCACCGCUGGUCCAACGUCUUCGACAACUACUCCCAGUCAGCCUGUGGAUGAAUGCGCCGAUGGUUCCCAUCAGUGCGGCCCAAACAGCGUCUGCAUGGAUGUCCCGGACGGCUACGACUGUAUGUGCGAUACCGGUUACGAAAACACGAAUGCGACUACCUGCCAAGGUGAGGCACCAGUCUGA